AUGGCGAAGAAGAAGAUCGGGUACAUGAACAACUAUGUCUACGAUGCCUUCUUGUGGGUCUUUUCUAUCCUGGUUGAUCUGUUCUUCCGGGAGGUGCAUCCAAGGAGCUCGUGGAAGGUGCCCAAGCAUGGUCCGGUGCUGUUUGUGUGCGCUCCGCACGCAAAUCAGUUUGUCGACCCUCUGAUCCUGAUGCGAGUCGUGAAGAAGGAGUCCGAUCGUCGAAUCCAUUUCCUAAUCGCCGAAAAGUCCAUGAAGAGGAGGUUCAUUGGCGCAAUGGCUGGGCUUGCCGGCUCGGUUCCUGUUGGUAGAGCGAUGGAUUCAACGAAAUCCGCCGUUGGGAAGAUAUACCUUCCAGAUCCCGUCAAUGACCCUUGCCUAAUCAGAGGUAUUGGGACCGAUUUUGAAAGUAAAGAUUUUCAAGCAGGUGGUACCCUUAGUCUCCCACCUGUGAACAAUCUCGCCUCGAACGCAGAGAUCCAGGAAAUCUUAGGCCCGGAGGAACUAAGACUAAAGCGCCCAUUCAAAGGUGGUAUUCCCAUGCAGCAGCUUACCGGCCGAGACGAUAUGACCGAGGAAGGCCAAUUUGUCGAUGGAGCUGAGGCAAGGAAAGGACCUGCUCCCGGAUUUGAAGGCAUCAAUUUCAAAGUCGCUCCGAAGAUGAACCAAAGAGAGGUCUAUGAUGCUGUUCACGAAGUCCUCCACCAAGGGGGUAGCGUUGGCAUCUUUCCUGAAGGAGGUAGUCAUGACCGCACCGAACUUUUACCCCUGAAAGCUGGAGUUGCAAUCAUGGCGCUGGGGACGAUGGAGUCCAAGCCCGAUUGCAACUUGCAAAUCAUCCCUGUUGGCAUGAACUACUUCCAUGCCCACAAAUUCCGCUCAAGGGCUGUUAUCGAGUUCGGUACUCCCGUUGAUGUCCCAAUGGAGCUCGUGGAGAAGUACAGCCAUGGAGGAAGGCGCGAGGCUAUCGGAACAAUGUUGGAGAUGGUUCGACAGGCUCUUGUUUCAGUCACAGUACAAACACCAGAUUACGAUACCCUCAUGUUGAUUCAGGCUGUACGUCGGUUGUACAAUCCAAAGGGUAAGAAGCUCCCUCUACCUAUGGUAGUUGAGCUUAAUCGCCGCCUGGUCCAGGGUUAUGCGAAAUAUAAAGACGAUCCGCGCAUUGUCGACCUGAAGAAAUCUGUCCAGGCCUACAACAAGCGCCUUCUCGCACUUAACCUCCGAGAUCACCAGGUCCAGUAUGCGAAGAUGAAUAUCUUUAUGAUCAUGUGGCUCCUGGUCUACAGGACGCUUAAGUUAAUGGUGCUCUCCAUCUUUGUUAUCCCCGGAUUCACUCUAUUCGCCUUCGUUUUCUUCUGUGGCAAGGUCAUUUCCAUCAAGAAAUCGAAGGAGGCCCUUGCAGCAUCCAGUGUCAAAAUUCAAGCAAGAGAUGUCAUGGCUACAUGGAAGCUCCUGGUUGCUAUCGCCAUUGCGCCCAUAACCUACACCUUCUGGAUUGUUAUCUUCACCUACUGGUGCCACCGAAAUCGAGUUCAGGGUUAUAUCCCCGAGUGGGUCCCUCUCAAGCUUUUCGUUCUGGCUCAAGUCAUCGUCUUUCCAACAAUUACCUAUGCCGCCCUUCGAUUUGGCGAAGUUGGCAUGGACAUUGCGAAGUCUCUGUGGCCACUAGUAAAGAUGCUUUCACCCUGGUCGAACAAUGAGCUCAUUGCACUUCAGAAGAGGCGCGAGAUUCUGACAGAACGCGUCAAUACCAUUAUCAAUACCCUUGGGCCAGAGAUGUUCCCAGACUUUGACUCAAAGCGGAUUAUCACCGACCCUUUCUCGCACUCUCCGCCGCAAAGCCCUGGAGGCCAACCCAGAAGCGAAACAUACUCAUUUCCUACAUCGCCAACAAGCGAAGACUCGCCAUCGAAACACUUACCCCGAAACGAGUCUUUCAGAGACCUCUCUAAUACGGAUUUCUUUUCCACGCGGCCUUCGACUCCCAAGAAAAGUCGCAGUAGGCACGGUUCGCUUGGUGGUUUCUCACUCAAAGCCUUCAGCACUCUGGAUGGAAAGGAUAGUUUAGACGCAGUCAGCAAGAAGAUUCGAGACACAAUGAGAGAGAGGGGUAGAAGGCGAAGCAGUACCGGAGACGGAUGGGAGAUGGGGAGCGGGACAACAACUCCGGGAAGUGAGGAGCUGGAGGAUGCUCUACAAAUGUCGAAGAAGGACAAGUGA